GCAGUAUCUUUUGGAUUGUCUAGGUUUUAACACCGGGUCGGAGCAGCACGAAAAAUGGGCACCCGCAAGAAGGGCGUGGAAUUCGUAAAACAUAUUACUGAAAUCAUUCAAAAGUCCAAAGGCUUUGAGAAUCAUUUGGAAAAGGUUAAGAUUCUUGAUGGUGGCGAUGGAGUCUGUCGAGCCGAGUUGAAGGUGGAUCAAGACCAUGUAAACAUGUAUAAGUUCUUACAUGGCGGUUACAUAGUAACUCUCGUGGACAUGAUUACCACCUACGCGCUGAUGUCCAAGCCCUGUCAUCCUGGUGUUUCGGUAGACCUCAGUGUAAACUUUCUGAAUGGCGCCAAGCUGGGCGAUGAUGUGAUCAUAGAGGCGAGCUUGUCGAAGGUGGGAAAGUACCUGGCCUUCAUUGACUGCACCCUAAAGCACAAAAAUGACGACAGGGUGGUGGCCCAUGGUACCCACUUGAAGUAUGUAAAAUUUGACUAGGAAUAGUGCUGUCAGGCUUGGUUUCAAGGGGAU